AUGACGCGAGAGGAAUUGGACUUGCCGUACGGUGAUGGAUCCUAUAAGGUAUUUGGCAUGGAAAACUUUGGCAACUCGUGCUAUUGCAACUCCAUUCUCCAGUGUCUAUUCCAUACCACCAAGUUCCGUGAAAAACUUCUUCGCUACAAGUAUGAACCUCAUGAUAGAGUAAGCUAUGUUCAAGGUCAAAGUACACACAAUUUUACUUUCAAAUAUGAACAAUUGUACCAAAAGAGACUCAAGGAACAAGGCAAGGUGCCUGAAUCAUCCACCAGUGGAAGCGGCAAUGGAGCUCCACCGCUUACAAGUCGACCUUCGAUACGCAAUUCAAUUUUUGGUAAAUUCAGCUCGAAUUCAACCCCAACAACUACCGAUGAGCCCUCUCCCAAUGUUCCUGUGAGAAAGCUAGACUACGUUUACGACGCAGGGUAUUGUGAUGCCUUGAACUCGGAACAGCGUGCAAUGAUAAAGAAACACCCUGAGCUUCACAACUUGCAGAUAUUUGUCACAAGACCUCUGCCGUCAACUGCUUCCAUGGCGAAUGAACCGCGUAACGACAAUUCCACGUCCUCGACGGCAUUGCUAGAAGGCGGGAAUAACUCAAAUACUAGCGUGAAUGCCGCCGAUUCUUCUGCUCCAAUAACGCCACGGCUGUGCUUUGUGGUGGUGGGAAUCCCGCAACCGGAGACAGCACUUGUCAAUCCAAUUAAUCCCUUCAACCCAAACCCCGCCAGUGAUCAGCGUAAAAGGUCUGCCCUCAUAAAUGGUCCCAUAAUCAAUUUAGAUCACCCAUUACGUCAGUCAGAUGGCCGUUCGCCUGAAACAGCAUUAUUAUACGCGCUCAAGGAUAUUUUUGAAGCUAUGGCAGAGAACAAGUCUAAAAUUGGCGUGGUCUCCCCUAACUUCUUCAUUGGGAAGCUCAAGGAAAAGAAUGCAUUGUUUCGCCAGGUCAACAUGCACCAAGAUGCACACGAGUUUUGCAAUUACUUGAUUAACGAGACAAUCGAAAGCAUCAACCUUGAAUUGGGGGCUGCCAAGAAUUGGUGUACAGAUAUUUUUCAAGGCACGAUCACUAACGAGACAAAAUGCCUUUCAUGCGAGACUGUCACUUCCAAGGACGAAACUUUCCUUGACCUUUCGAUAGAUAUACCUCCGGGAGACUCAGCCUACUCACUCACUUACUCCCUCAACAAUUUCUCCAGGCUGGAAAUUUUAAGUCACCAAAACAAAUUCUACUGCAACACAUGUCUGUCAUUGCAGGAAGCCGUCAAGACGAUCAAGCUUAAAAGCACGCCGGACGUGUUAAUCAUCAAUUUCAAGCGGUUCAAAUAUGAUGACAAAGUCGAUCGUAUGGUGAAGUUAUUCGACUCCAUAUCAUACCCUUUACGUUUAAGACUUUUUAAUACCACAAAAGAGCUGGAGAAAGAAGUUUCUGAAGACGAUUAUCUGCGCCUGGAUUCGAAACUAUAUGGUCUCUACGCUCUUGUGGUUCACAUCGGUGGUGGACCAAUGCAUGGUCACUACGUCGCAUUAUGCAAAUGCCAAGCUGGACUCUGGUUUUUGUUUGACGACGAAACAGUUGAAAUUGUGGAUGAAUCUUAUGUUUUACGUUUCUUCGGCGACGGUCCCGGUCUAGCCAGUGCAUACAUUUUGUUUUACGAAAAAGUUGACACCAAAAUCGGAAAGGAUGGAGAGACGCACGACUUCGGGAUCGACAUCAACGCAAUCUACAAUGGCCAAGAUUACUCUUUGUCACUCAUGAAACCAAGGAAUGAGUCUGAAUCGAGUGUCCCUGUCUCGCGACCCAUGAAUGGCUCGUUGGUGGAGGAUCAAAACGACGAGGACAGCGUGAGAGACUUUGUUCCUGAAUCGCUGGUGUCAUUAGAGAACAGUUCGAUUGGCUUAAGCCGCAAGACAUCCAUCUUCAAAAAGACGUUUAUGUUUGACAGCAACAAGGACAAUAACGGCAUCAAUGACCAGGCGACAAGAACAGCCUCUAGAGCAAGUUCCAACAAGGAUGGUGUCGAGAACAUGCCUCCUACUCAGAAUGCAUCAUCCUUGACGGAGCCCAAAUUGCCACCUCCAGUCAUGAAGAAAUCAUGGGUCAAUGGUCUUAAACGCAGAGAACUGAAGGUGGAAAUGUACGACAACGAGAGAAAAGGAUCACAGGGAAGCAUUUUGACCAAUAACAGCAACAAGACUGCCGAGAGCAAAGAGGAAAAGAAGAAACGUGGGUUCUUUUCGUUUAAGAAGAAGUCGAAGUCAUGA